CAGCGCGUGUCCAAGCCCGAGCCCGAGCCCGAGCGCGGGGUGGGCGGCGGGCCAGCUCCCUGCUCUCCCGACGCAGCCACGGGCCGAUCGGGCCGCGUCUCCCGGAGACUCCGGCCCGCCUCGGGCGCCUCCGCCGGGAUCCGCGGCCGCUGCACCUGGCAGGCGGUGGGGGCGGGACCCCCGGAGUCCCGGACGCGGCGGGACUCGGGGCGGCGGCCGGUCCGGCGGGGCGGGGGAUGUGCAGGUGGAGGGAAACGCGGAGUUGAGUCAGCCGGGCUCCGGGGAGAAGGACCUGCUGAUAAGCGAAACGGCCUGCACGGGGACACACAGAUCUCGGUAGUCGGCCCGGGAGUGGCUGCAGGGUUGGCAUCUCGGCCGCCUUCCAGGGGAGUGAGUUGGCAGCACCGGGCUGGGCUCAGCAUCAUGCCCGCACUGUCCACAGGCUCGGGGAGCGACACAGGUCUGUAUGAGCUGUUGGUGGCUCUGCCAGCCCAGCUGCAGCCACAUGUGGACAGCCAGGAAGACCUGACCUUCCUCUGGGAUGUGUUUGGUGAAAAAAGCCUGCAUUCACUAGUCAAGAUUCAUGAAAAACUUCACUACUAUGAGAAGCAGAACCCUGUGCCCAUCCUCCAGGGCGCGGCAGCCUUGGCCGAUGAUCUGGCGGAGGAGCUUCAGAACAAGCCAUUAAACAGUGAGAUCAGAGAGCUGUUGAAGCUACUGUCAAAACCCAAUGUGAAGGCUUUGCUCUCUGUGCAUGACACUGUGGCUCAGAAGAAUUAUGAUCCUGUGUUGCCUCCUAUGCCUGAUGACAUUGACGAUGAGGAAGACUCAGUGAAAAUCAUCCGCCUGGUCAAAAAUAGAGAACCACUGGGAGCCACUAUUAAAAAGGAUGAGCAGACUGGGGCCAUCGUGGUGGCCAGGAUCAUGAGAGGAGGAGCUGCAGACAGAAGCGGUCUUAUUCACGUUGGCGAUGAACUUAGGGAAGUGAAUGGGAUACCGGUCGAGGAUAAAAGGCCUGAAGAAAUAAUCCAGAUCUUGGCUCAGUCACAGGGUGCAAUAACGUUUAAGAUUAUACCCAGCAUCAAAGAAGAGACACCAUCGAAGGAAGGCAAGAUGUUUAUCAAAGCCCUCUUUGACUAUGACCCUAAUGAGGAUAAAGCAAUUCCAUGUAAGGAAGCCGGGCUUUCUUUCAAAAAGGGAGAUAUUCUUCAGAUUAUGAGCCAAGAUGAUGCAACGUGGUGGCAAGCAAAGCAUGAAGGAGAUGCCAACCCCAGAGCAGGACUGAUUCCCUCUAAGCAUUUCCAGGAAAGGAGACUGGCUCUGAGACGACCAGAAAUAUUAGUCCAGCCCCUGAAAGUUUCCAGUAGGAAAUCAUAUGCUGAAUAUGGUGGUAUCAGCAGUGGAACCUAUCUAGCUGGUUUUAGAAGAAGUUUCCGUCUUAGUAGAAAAGAUAAGAAAACAAAUAAAUCCAUGUACGAGUGCAAGAAGAGUGACCAGUAUGACACAGCUGACGUGCCCACGUAUGAGGAAGUAACACCGUAUCGACGGCAGACAAACGAGAAAUACAGACUCGUAGUCUUGGUUGGUCCUGUCGGAGUAGGUUUGAAUGAACUGAAACGAAAGCUGCUGAUCAGUGACACACAGCACUACGGCGUGACAGUGCCCCAUACCACCAGACCAAGAAGAAGCCAGGAGAGUGAUGGUGUUGAAUAUAUUUUCAUUUCCAAGCAUUUGUUUGAGACAGAUGUACAAAAUAACAAGUUUAUUGAAUAUGGUGAAUAUAAAAACAACUAUUAUGGCACAAGUAUAGACUCAGUUCGGUCUGUCCUGGCUAAAAACAAAGUUUGUUUGUUGGAUGUUCAGCCUCAUACAGUGAAGCACUUAAGGACACUAGAAUUUAAGCCGUUUGUGAUAUUUAUAAAGCCUCCAUCAAUAGAGCGUUUGAGGGAGACAAGAAAAAAUGCAAAGAUUAUCUCAAGCAGAGACGACCAAGGUGCUGCGAAGCCCUUUACAGAAGACGACUUUCAAGAAAUGAUUAAAUCUGCCCAGAUAAUGGAGAGUCAGUAUGGUCAUCUUUUUGACAAAACUAUAGUAAAUGAUGAUCUUGCUGUGGCCUUCAAUGAGCUGAAAACAACUUUUGACAAACUGGAGACAGAUACUCAUUGGGUUCCAGUGAGCUGGUUACAUUCAUAACUAAGGGAAGUUUUCAUAAUUAUCUUUUUUUUGUAGAGUGCAUGAUUAAAUCAGUUACCAUUUUGGUGGUAGGGUUUUUUUUAAUCUAUAUCACUGUUAGAGAUGUGCAAUCUUGGUUAAAACUGAAUGUUGGUUUUUUAUCUUUUUAUAGUCUUAUUUCAAACACAGUGUUUGAGUAUAAGAUCCAGAAUUUAAAUGUGCACAGUACUGUAUUCUGAGCAGAGCUUUGAACGGUCUGGCUGUCUUGAAUACAAAGCUCUACCUCCAAGAGGAGGGUUGAACUUUUUAUAGAAAGUCUUAGCUAGAGUAUAUACAUGGGCAUCCAGUGCUUCUGCUGGUCUCAGACGCGGUCACUGCCUUUGCCAUUUGCAUGUUAGCCACUGAAGAUGAUACGUUUACAGCCUUGAGCAGCUCCAGACAGGACAGCUUAGGUGUACUUUGGGUGGAUCAUCAUAGAUGCACCUGGACUGGCAGUAAGGUGGAGUCCUCUUACUAUCCUAAAAGUACAACAUUUUCUCUUACAUAGACACAGUAUAGUCACAGUGUGUGCACUCAAGAAUCUCUCUUUAAAGGAAUUACUGAAAAUCUGUCUUAGCGAGUGGCCUUCGUGUUAUAGUUUGAGAAGGCUUUGUGAGUACAUACACUAGUGACUCAAUAAAUGUUUAAUAAGGGAGGGUAGGCUUUGAAAAUUAUUACAUAUGAAACUAAAAACCUUUCCUUGUUAGAAUGGUGAUUACAUACCCAAAAGGACUGAUUACAAAGGACAAUUUUAUUUAUAAAUGCUCAGACAUUUCUUUCUGGACUCACCAGAAAUUCUGCAGCCAGUUAUCUGACUUUGCAUUUUCCCAGUAGAUUACAAGAAUGAAUCCUAUUCUAAAUGUAGGUUUUACAUGCUACUGAUACAGUUAAAGAAAAUGUGACCAUUUUCCCAAAUAUGUACAGUUGAUCACCAUAUUUAAAUUUCACUACAAAUUGUACUUUAGAAAACUGUUCAUGUAAUGUUAACUUAUUUCUUUGUCAUCAAAAUAUUUCUUUACGUUGGCCAGAUACCAUCCUAAUCUUGCUGUUUUUAAAGAAGUUUAAGAAAGACUCUCAUAUUGUAAAUAGCUAGAUGGGAUCUCUCAUUUUUCUUUGAUACUACUGACCUUCAGCAAGUAAAUUAUACAGCUCAAAAUACUAGUAAUGUGCAUAGUUGUAUAAGAGAAUAUGCGUCCCAUUCUUGCAUGCAGUAAGACACUGCCAAUCAGAGAAUCAUCGUAUCUGUGACUUUGAAACAGAAAAAAAAAAUAUUUUUGUUGAUUUCUAAAGAGAGUUUAGAUGUCCUGUUUAAAGAAAAAUAGUGUAGUGAAAUUUUAUAUAUUUAUGAAAUAUUUGAAAGGCAUAUUUUUUUAAUUAUCAAAUGAGGCUAUUCAUAAAACAAAUUGUAUGUAAAGAUGUCGUUAAUUUAAAAUAGUUUUUUAAAUCUGGGUCAACAUUCCAUGUAAAUAUUUUGACCUUUGUUUGUUCUCAGAUCCACAUGUGUGCUCUGUGCACAUUUGAUAGCAUGACUUACUGGGUUUCCUUCAUACAUGUGAGAUUUCAUACCUGAUACACACUCGCAGCUAAAUAGUUAGAUAACCAAUGUUACCUGACAGCCUAAUCCGAACAGCAAAUUCUAAGUUAAUUAAGUAAACAGCCACCAAUUCAGUUUCAAAAGAGGUUUGGGGUUGCCAGGUCUAAUACUGAAGCCAUACUUCAUGGUUGUAUGGCUGGUCUAAGAAAGUACAAGUCUUCCUUGGAUGGUUUGGGUAAUAUUCUUUUUGAACACUGAUCGAAAUUUCCAAUACAUUAACUUUCUAGGAAAUGAAUUAUAAUUUAGGUAGUCUGAAUUCUUUGUUCAGAACUAGCACAUGGUUUGUUUUUGUUUUUUGCCUCAAUUCUUUACUGUGGAGGUAGAGAGCGUGUGAUAAAAAUGGAGUCCCUUUUGGUGGUGGGGGUGGUGAUGGAGGUCUUAUAAAAAUAUAUUUUCCAGUUUCUCUCCCUUUUUACACUAGAGCUGAAAAGUAUUUUUUAAAAUAAUGGAAAAGGGGCAAUUCAGCAAUUUGAAAAAUCUUUCAUUAGUAGUACACUUAUGUGGUCUUGGUGACGUCUACAUAGCCACCUUGAUGCUUAGAAAGAGAUUCCGUUCUCUUUAGUAAGGCUAGUGGCUCCAUGGGCUUGGGGAUAAAUGUUGCAAAGGGCCCUUGAUCCUGUACUUGGUGCACCCCUGGCUCCCUCUUGAGGGAGGAGAGACUGGUUCUUUAGGCAGCCUGCUCCCAAGACAAUGUCAGCCACUAUUUGAGAGAACAGGAAUAUUUAUUUUUUUAAGUCCAAAUAUUUAAUAUCCAAGAUUAAGAAGAUAAGUCUGUAUUCCCAUCAAUAACAAACUGGAAUCUGUUUGCUUUUUUUUUAGGUGAAAUUGAAAUACCAUUUUUUACCAUUAUUUUACUUACCAGUAUAGACAUUAUUGAUAUCUUUAAGGCUGACCUCCCUGGUAUCAUGGUAUCAUGUAAUGACUGAAUGUAUCUAAAUUGUAAUAAUUUAAAAUUGACAAGCAUAUAAAGCAAGACUAUGUUGUUAAAAGUUUCCUGAAGAGACAGAUUUUUAUUAUUUAUUUUCUUUUUGACUAGUAAGAGUUUAUAAAUAAAAGGAAUGGAAAACCUUUGAGUGUAAUAAAAUAUCUUCAAAUUAUA